AUGGCAUCGAUCCCCUCCACGCUCGCCACCUCGUCUCCUUCCUCCCUCACUCCCCACCACCACUUUCCCCUGUCGAGCGCCGCCCACUCCUCGUCGUCGUCCCUCCUGUCCGCCUCGGGGCCACUCAAAUGGCGCUCCUUCCGUUAUUCCAUCCGGACCUCGGCUCCCGCUGUGUUGCCCGUACGUGCCAUGACUCUGGACUUCUCCGGCUCGUUCUUCGAGGGAGGGAGGGACGGAGGCGGCGACGUCGGUUCCAGCCCAACGGCGGCCACCGCGAGCGCCACAUUGGAGGACAAGGAGGAGCCGCAGUGCCCUCCAGGGCUUCGCCAGUAUGAGACCAUGGCCGUGCUUCGGCCCGAUAUGUCGGAGGACGAGCGCCUCACCUUCACUCAGAAGUACGAAGAGGUAAUUUGACACUUCGUCUCCCUUCGGUCCCAGAAGAGGAGAAGAUAGGUCUUCGAAAUAGUUCCUAAUGUCCGAUUUUUUUCCGGCCACGGGGAGAGUAUCUUCGAGGCCCUCUCCAUUGCGUUUUUUUAAUUAUUUCCUGCCUCUCGAUGUAAAUUUAGCUGAUCUUUUGGGGAUUCAGAGCAACUCAUGCCGUCUGAGUCGGAGAAUGGAAAAUCUAAGCUAGGGCUCGAUAAUCGUUUUACAAUGAACGACAGAAGAAUUAUGAUAAAAAUAGCAUUAUCAAAUGAUUUUCUCUGUUCGUCCUCUAUCAUCUGACUUAGCAGACAAUGCUCAUAAUCAUUCGCUUUGCUGGAGGUGUCUAUGCCAUUCCAUUGGCCCGUUGACGGAAUUCAUAUUAUAGCCACUGCUCUUCUAUUUUAUUAUCUCUGGACCCAUCUAUGGCCUCCGUUAUAUUAAACAAAAAAAUAUGUAAUUUUUGGUCCUCUUUGACAUGAUUACCUUUGAACUUGACCGUGAAUUUCUGAUGUUCAGAUGGGGCUUAAACACCUCUAAAUUUAGAUAUUCUUGAUGGAGUGACUCAGGUCCUUUCUUGAUGGAGUUGACUGAUCAGUCAACUUUUGAAUACGUUCGUACACAUCAAAAUCCCGAAGCUUCAUUUAGUGAUCUAUUUUAAUAUUUCACUAAGGGAAGAAUGAAGAAAGCUGGUGAAAAUAAAACAAACCAUCUCAGAAGCAACAAGAUAGAUGGGCUCUAUGAGAGAAAUGGGGAAUGCUAUCUUCAUAAUGUCAUUAUGUGAAGGGCAUGGCCGUUUUCUUGCCGUGCUUUUGUUUCCAUAGCUUUGCUAUUUUCUCUCUCUCUCUCUCUUGUAAAUGGUGUGAAUUACAAAAGAAAGCCAGACAAACUGCCUCUCCUCCUGCUGAUUAUCCCGUUUGGGGGUCCUCUGGGAAGGAGAAAAAAAUCAUGUAUCAAAGACUUCUUCCGACAAUGGAUUUUGUGUUGGAUUUUAAUUCAUUCAACCAAACAUCUUCAUCACCAUCAUCUGAGGACAGAGUUGAUCACAUGAACUCCGGCUGUUCUCCACCUGGGUCUCGGAGAUUGAUCUUGCAGAAGUACCUGGCGUAUCAAUGCUUUAUGGUUAUCUUAUUCCUCUUCUCUGCUGCAGUUGCUUGUGGCCGGUGGUGGGAUGUAUGUGGAGGUGUUCAACCGUGGGGUCAUCCCUCUUGCUUACAGCAUAAGGAAGAAGAACAAGGCUGGAGAGACCAACACCUACUUUGACGGCAUCUACCUCCUGUUCACUUACUUCACCAAGCCUGAGUCCAUGGCCAUCCUCGAGACCAGGCUCCAGGCAGACGAUGACGUCAUCCGAUCAUCCAGCUUUAAGGUCAGGAAGAGGAAGUACUAG